CGGGGCCAUUUCUGGCCAAGGAGUUGUGCGCGGCGGUAACCGGGCGGGCUUUCCUCCUCGAAAGCGAAAUUAAAGCAGAGGCGCCACCCGUGGCCAGGAGGUGGGAAGGUGGGGCGGGGGGUCCUUUGCCCCUGCCCAGCAGGGAGAGCAGCAGCAGCAGCAGCUCCUCUUCGGCUGCUUCCCAGCCACUUCCUGCUCUCUUAAAGUGUGUGUGAGUUGUGCCCAAGGUGUGUUUGUGUGUGUGUCUCCGGCACCCACCUAAGCCUCCCUCCCGGCUCCUCUUCCCGGCCCCUGCUGCGACUUCAGGCAAGUCCCCUCCGUCCUCUCUUCACCUGGCUUCCAUUUUCUCUUUAUUAUCAAGUGGAGGCGACUUUCCUGGUGAAUUGUGCGUCUCUUGCAUUCUUUCUUUCGCCACCUGCAGUUCUAAUCUCGAAUGGGCCCGUUAUUUUAUAGCCACGUUUUGUUUUACAACUGUUUCUCUUUUUUAAUGGCUUCAGAGGCCCCAGGUCUAUAACAGCUGUAUGAGUUGGCAGAAAUCCAGCCGCUUAACUGGUGCGGGUGGUGGUGGUGAGAAGCUGCCCAGUUAAAUUUCAGCAGGUUCUGUGGGUGCUAAAGCACAUGCCCCCUGCCAGGGGGAAGGGGAGGGUGGCAGCCCUAAACUUUUGGGGACGAGGGAGGGGCAAUUUUAUAUCCUUCAUCCCUACUUCUCGUAGGGUAGACGCCCACAUUUUCUUAAUAUAUCAGAAGUUAAGUUGGGCUGUGAUCUAAUUUCUGAGCCUCUCCCAAGGACCUGCACUGGGUAGGUUAUUGCUGGUUGACAUUUGUUAAUAAAUAAAAUACCUUAUUCUUCUGUUGAGGAAAGUUUCGGCAGGCUUGAUAAUUGCUGAGAUGAUGUGUAAUUAUCAACAGCUGGUGCUAAAUCUGGGAUGGCUCUCUUCUGCCCUCUGCAGGUUGUAGACUGCCCUGAAAUUAUUUUGGUUGCAGGCAAAUCAGAAUUUCAGAAACAUAAGGACAUUCAUUGUCCUGUGUUACCUCUCUUGUGGAGCUGUGAUUUGGUGGAUAAAAUAAACGCUGCUUUCUGGUUCGUUCCCUUGAAGUUAAAUUAAUGUGUGGGAUGACAGGACACGAACAAGUUUCAUCUCUAAACCAGUGUUUCCCAAACUUGGGUCUCCAGCUGGUUUUGGACUACAACUCCCCUCAUCCAUAGCUGCCAGGACAAGUGGUCAGGGAUGAUGGGAACUGUAGCCCAAAAACAGCUGCAGACUCAAGUUUGGGAGACACUGAUCUAAACAGAUAAUCCACCCAUCAACUUGCCUGUUAACCAUGAACUGCAUCUGUUUUGGAAUGAGGCCUAACAUCAUAGAAUUUUGUAAAGAACAUAUUGGAUGUCUUCAUUUGGAUGGUUUCUUGUACACUGUAAAAUUACAACUGUGAAAACAUAAAGUUCCUUCAUAAGAAUGUAAAAUUUGAUUUUACAUCAGAUUUUUCUUUGCCACUUGCUGUGAGCUCUUAAAUAAUUUUAUCUUUGCAUUCAUCUUUAGAUGAUUUGCCUGUACAUGCACAACUUCAUGAUGGCUGGUUGUCACCUACAAUUUAAGAGACUAUUCAGUUGUUUAUAGCGGCUGGAUGGGGCUGAACCAGUUUCCUUCAUGCUUAAAGCGUGAAAUUAUGAAUAUUUCUAAAACAGUUUAAGUGAAACAACAUGGUUCCAUUCUUUGGAGAUAUGUGGCUGGAUCACUCAUGGAAUGGGACUAAAACAGACAUCCGUGCUAGCAAUGGAUCCUACUGCUACAGUGGAGCACGGGGAAGUACUGUGCUUCAAGGUGUAAGCUUUGGUGGAGUCCCUAUUGUCCUUCUGCUCGAUGUAACUUGCUUUUUGAUUUUAUUGUUGGUAUUUUCUUUUAUAAGAAAAAGAUUCUGGGAUUAUGGUCGUAUUGCCCUGGUAUCGGAAGCAUUGAGUGAAACCGCUGUAUCUACUGAUUUACCCAAUCCUGAUGAUUUGGAUCCUGAUGAAGGUUUUUGUUCUUGGAUGAUAUCUGCCUUUCGAAUGAGCGAUGAAGAGAUUCGUGUAAAAUGUGGGGAUGAUGCCAUUACCUACCUCGCCUUUCAGCGCCAUCUCAUCUGCCUGCUGAUUGUAGUCAGCAUGCUGUCUUUGUGCAUCAUACUUCCUGUCAAUUUAUCAGGCGACUUACUUGAUAAAGACCCUUACAGCUUUGGCAGAACUACUAUUGCAAACCUAAGAGCUGGCAACAAUCUUUUCUGGCUGCACACUAUUUUUGCUCUUGUGUACAUGAUUUUGACCGUUGCCUUUAUGAGACAUCACACUCAAGCCAUCAAAUAUGAAGAAGAAAGCAUAGUAAAACGCACAUUGUUCAUAACUGGGCUUCCCAAAAAUGCCAAAGCAACAACCAUAGAAAAUCACUUUAAUGAAGCGUAUCCAACCUGCAAUGUACAAGAGGUCCAGUUAUGUUAUAAUGUAGCCAAACUCACCUCUCUCUACAAAGAAAGAAAAAAGGCAGAGAAACAUGUGGCUUAUUAUACACAAGUGUUUCAGAAGAGUGGUAAGCGAUGUUUCAUACACACACAAUGGUUUGGCCAGUUCUGCUGUUGUGAGGUCAGAGGUUGCAAAAAGGAGGAUGCUAUAGAUUACUACACCAAGGUUAGCAAUAAAUAUCUGAGCGAAUAUUUGAAAGAGGAAAAGCUAAUUUAUGACAAGCCACUGGGAAUGGCUUUUGUAACAUUUGAUGAGAAAGUCAUGGCAACACAUAUUCUUAAAGAUUUCAAUGCCUGUAAAUGUCAAGGCUUUAGGUGUAUUGGAGAACCUCAGCCGUCACCCCACAGCAAGGAACUCUCUGUUUCAAAGUGGAAUGUUGCAUAUGCUACUUAUCCAGAGGAUAUCUGUUGGGAAAAGCUCUCAGUUCAAGGGGUGAAGUGGUGGUUUCUUUGGCUUAGCAUCAACUUGUUCCUGUUUAUUGUGCUCUUUUUCUUGACAACACCUUCCAUCAUUAUCUCGACAAUGGACAAGUUUAAUGUAACCAAGCCUAUUCACUAUCUUAAUAACCCUGUUGUGAGCCAGUUCUUCCCAACACUCAUUCUGUGGUCCUUUUCAGCUUUGCUGCCUACAAUAGUAAUGUACUCAACGUUUCUUGAAUCGCACUGGACAAUGUCUGGUGAAAACAGAAUAAUGAUGCAUAAGGUCUACACUUUUUUAAUCUUCAUGGUGCUAAUUUUGCCUUCACUUGGUUUGACCAGUCUUGAUGUCUUCUUCCGUUGGGUGUUCGACCGCGCAUCUGAAUCUAGAUUUAGAUUAGAGUGUGUCUUUUUGCCUGACCAAGGAGCUUUCUUUGUGAACUAUGUGAUUGCAUCGGCUUUCAUUGGCACUGGGAGUGAGUUGUUGCGUUUGCCAGGACUCCUGCUAUACACUUUUCGCAUGUUUAUGGCCAAAUCCAGUUCUGAGAGAAAACAUGUUAAGCAGCACCAAGCAUUUCAGUUUGCGUUUGGAGCAAUGUAUGCGUGGACACUCUGUGUGUUCACUGUCAUCAUGGCCUACAGCAUCACCUGCCCCCUUAUUGUCCCAUUUGGAUUAAUUUAUUUGCUCCUAAGGCAUACCGUUGACCGCCACAAUCUCUACUUUGCAUACCUUCCUGCAAAGCUAGAGAAACGAAUCCAUUCUGCGGCUGUGACUCAAGCCCUUGCAGCUCCAAUUCUCUGCCUGUUUUGGCUGUAUUUUUUCUCUUUUUUGAGGCUAGGUUUCAGAGCACCUACAACUUUAUUUACAUUCCUAGUUGUAGCCAUAGCAGUUUGUGUUUGCAUAGGCUAUACCUGCUUUGGCUGCUUCAAGUACCUCAGCCCUCUGAAUUAUAAGUUGCAGACAGAGAAAAAAGAUGAUACAGGGGCUGAUGCUAUUUCAGUAUCAACAACUCGAAGAUCUGCUGUGUUUUUACCCCAUGUUCUACUGCGUUCUCCUAAUGAAAGGUCAGUUCUGGAUAAUUCGGAGCACCAGAAGAACUAUGGCACCAUGGCAAAAAGGCCUUUAAAAAGGGACACUGUCAUUCAUGUCUCUUACGCUGAGGAACCUGCUUUCUUUGGAGAGAUGUAAACGUGUGUCUCCUUGUCAGGGACUAACAAAAGGUGGCGCCCUUGGACCUCCGGAUUUCACAAAAUAUUCUGUGUCGCACAGUCUUUUUCUUCCAAAGGGAGCACUGGUCUGGGUUUCAUUUGCAGUGCUGAUUUUACAAAGUUGCCAUCUUGGGUUUGGUCAUCUUUAUAGGUAAUUUGCACAGAUUGUGGUACAUUUAUACUGAACAACAAUGCUCAGAGGAAUUAUUUUGGGUUUACUUAAUUGUUUGCCUUUAUGGAAAGAUGUGACUGUAUGGACGAAUGCUAGAUCACUGGGACCAAAAGAGUUGUCAAAUGUGACACAUACCUUUUGGGGUUGGGGUUUCAUUUUUUGGUUUUUUAAAAUUAUGCCUCCUGAAUUUUAACCAUUCUGUUAAACACUUUUGGCUUAUGUCCAAAGGGCACUCCUGUUUUGAUACAAAAAAAAAAGCCAAGCAAAUGUGAUCUGGGGAUCCCUCUGGUCCUCUUCUAAUGCUCCAGUUGGCUGAAGUGCUGCUUCUCUUAAAAAAAGACAGACUAUUUUUCUGCUAAUACAGUAAGAGAGAUAUGAUGUUCCAAAACUAUAGGAGAUGACAGAUUGUAUUUAUAUGAGAACUUUUAAGUAGGGGCUAAAUUUGUUAUUUUCUGGUCACUAUUUUAAGGGCUUCUUACAAGGGAAGUUUAUGAGCCAAACAAUAAAGGAUAUGAACAUUUUAUCACUUUUAAUCUCUCUGCUUUAUCAAACAAAGAUCUGCUUUAAGUGUCAAGAUUACCAUAAGUAUGUAAGACAUUUUUAAAAUUAUGAAGUAGGUAUGUUUACCAAAAGCUAUGUUAAAGGAUAAUUAAGCAAUCACAUUCAAUAAAACACAAAUUCAGAUACAUUUUGGUGACUUAAGUGUAUUGAUUAUCACAAAACUUCAUGAAAUGUUCAGACCUACAGUGUUGGCAUAAGAAUGCCCACAUUUUGUGCCCUAAAAUUAUGCAAAUUAAGCAUGUUUUCUUUGCUAGCCUGCCAAUAUAUUUUACUUUUGCUAGCCAUGAGGAGGGGUAUAGGGCUAUGCAGGAAACCCACUCCCUAGCUAGUGGAAAAUCUGCUGACUCUUGUAUCCUGUUUAUGGGCUUCCAAAGACAUACGUGGUUCAAAACUAGUUGCUGGAUGAUGGGCCUCUGAAGAACUGACAUGUAAGCAGAGUAAAUAAAAAGUAGUAAAAUGAUUUGGAUUAGUAAGUCCAUUACAUGAAUGUAAGCAGCUAUUUGGUACCCAGAGUUCACAUUACAGUCUCCAUUUGCAUUCAAUUCUUAUAUUUUAUUGCUCGCUCAGAGGCUUGUGUUAUUCUUUGCAAGUUCUUGUCCACAAUAGAAUAAUUUUAUAUUACUUGAGGUAUUCCAAGUAUUGUUGUGUUUGUGCUUUCAACACAGAACUACCAGCAACCUACUCCCAUUUGCCUACGUUGAUACUAACUUUUCAAAAAGAUACCAUAUUCUUGCUGUAUCCUGGGAUCUUGUCCAGAACCUCAUAUUCAACAUAAUUGACUCUUUGUAAUCAUGAAGGACUUACUCAGUUUUGACUUGCUUGAACUGUUUUACAAGUUGUGAUCUCGUUCUGAAUUUUAAAACUAUAUGGCCUGCAACAGUUGCAGUUGUUAGUUUUGGAAAUUACUUACCCAGAGUCUGCAUUUUGUAGAGUUUGUAACAGCUGCAAGGGACGGCUUUGGAUAGUUUGUGGCCAGCUGAGCAGGGGCAGUGUUUCAACUCUAAAUGCAGCUGUUCCGUAGAACGCCAAUAGCAAAUAAGCAGAUAAAGGCAACUGAGCUGAAAGCUGCCGCCUACGGUUGUUGAUACAUAAAAGUCUUCACCCUUGCACGUUUAUUCUUAAGUUAUUGCAACUAUGUCUCCUAGCAGUUGCAUGGUGCGAUAUCACACCAGUCUGUGCAUAGUGCAAAGUGCUAGGAUGGCAGCUGGAGCAAAUGUGCUGUUCCCCUCUUCCUGACUGCCGAGCCUGGCAUUCUGGCAUAUUUGGUCAUAUGUCUCCUUGCAGCCUGCAAGCAGCUGUCCCUUGGGUAGCACUUAAAUCAGAGCCAGCUGUCUGUCUUCUGCCUACGUAAAUGUUUUAAUUUUGAACCCUUACGAAGGAACGUGGUAGGGAUGGGAAGCUGGAGUGGUCUUGAAAUGUGCCAGAUUUUUCCCUAUUCCACUAAUCUUCACCCCUAACCUGUUCUAAUAUACAAUGGACCCUGGGAACUUUGGGCAUUGCAGUUCUGUACGACUAGUGCUCUAACAGAAUUCUCCACACCUGCACCAGACUACAAUUGCUAGGAUACUUUGAGGGAGACCUUAAGAGGAGCCUGCUAGAUCAGACUAAAGGCCCAACUUAGCCCAGCUUCCUGCUCUCACAGUGGCCAACCAGCAACCUACAAGAUGAGCACAACAGCACUCUCUGCCCUUUGUUACUCCGAGGCAUACUGAUUUAGAGGGUGGAGGUAGAAUAUAAUCAUGACAGGUGUGUGUCAACGUAUAUUGUAGCGCAGGGGUGGGCAACCUGGAGAUCAGGGGUUGUCUGUGACCCUCUUAAUUUCUUGCAGAUGGAAUAGAGGUAGCAUAACAAAUGAAGGGUCUCUCUGUAUGUGUGUGUGCCUAACCACUUUUGGGUCAUCUUCAUCAAUGUGCAGUGCUGCAACAGAUUAUCCCUAGGAAAUGUGGACAUCAACCCACCCAUGAUGUAGAUUGUAUGUAUGGAAUGGAUGUGUAACUAUUCUGUAAGGUCUGUUUUGAAGCAUAUCAUGUCGUCGUCCUCUGUUUACAUUAUAGGGUAUGGAUUACCAUAUACAUGCCUGUUGACAGCUGGCAAUGCUCAUCUUGAACCACUGCUUUGGGAUAUGGUACAAAGUAUUAUCUGGAUCAAACUUCUAACCCUUCCUCCUUGGAAAAGUAGACUUUUGGGGGUUUGUUUGUUUUUCUACAAUCAUGUUGUGAAAUAAAUAGCCACAUGUUAAUCUGAAAUCCCCCAUCAGUUUCAAUCAUAUAAUUGGUCUUAACGUGAUGAAAAAGAACCCACUCGCAGCCUGAUCAAAGAUGGGUCACAACAGCACAUAGCUGCCAAGUUUUCCCUUUUCUCGCGAGGAAGCCUAUUCAGCAUAAGGGAAUAUCCCUGUAAAAAAGGGAUAACUUGGCAGCUAUGCAACAGCAUCAGCACCAUGGUAAAUAAUGCAUUAAAAAAAUGGGUCCCCAAAUUCCUGUUUGGGUUAAAGGCUGAAGACUGCUGAAUUUAUAUGAAACUACAUAAGCCAGUUUUAAUAGCAUCGGUAUGGUGGGCAGGGUGGGAAAGAGAACAAGGAAAAAUACUCUUCUGUCAUCCUGCCCCCUUAAUGUGCCACAGAAAUGUGGGGAAUGUAUUUGUAGAGAAAACAAUUGGAACAAUGUGAACAUGUUAUUAAAUCACUUUUUCAGGAACUCAGGGGACAGAGUGGCCUAUAGACCCCUAUCCAUUAGCUGGAAGGGGAAAGGUUAAUGUCAGUAUACAGAGCAACUGCUGCAGUAAGGAUUGCCACAGACCAGAAGGGGAAUAGAGCUGGGCUUGACUGGAGAGCAGACUCUGAGCCACAGGGUACGCUCAAGAGAGCAGAGUGCAUCCUAUGCCAUCCUGGUAAGCCAACGUUACUUUGGCACGUGAGACAGAAAACCAGCACGUUUAUUAAAUGGUCACAGAUGAGGCCAAAAAUUAAUACACCAACAUUAUACAAUUCCUAAUACUUGCACAGCUAAAACUGAUGAUGCUUAUAUAAAGUAAGGACACAGAAUCUGAGACCUCAGGGCUACGCAAGACAAUACACCUGAAGCUGUGCCUUUAGGGGACAAGGGGCCUGAUCCAAAUCGAGAUCAUAGUGUGGGGCAAAGGGUGCGAGCCUCCUACACUGAGCCAAAUGACCCCACACUGGCAAUCUGAGUGUUUAAUAGCUGCAUUUAAGAACACAGGCACAUAGCUAAUAAUGUGUCACAUAGUGUUGCUCUCACUCUGGUGUGGUGGACAUUUUGUCAUGAGUGCUAUAUGUGUCUGUCCCUAGACAAAUUAAUUUGAUAAGAGGAGUGCCAGGGCAGUGUAUAGCCAUAGUGCUAUGCACUUUUUUUCGUUGCAGCAAGCAACUGAGACAGUGAUAACAUGGUUGUGCGAAUAUGUGAACAGGAAAGGAACACAGUGUCCUUGUAGCACAGGCAGCAUUUAAAUGGGAAGGUCAAUAUUCUAAAAUGGGGAAUCUACCACUGACCUCUUUUGGAGAGAGCAGCCCUUUGCAAGGGGAUGGAAUGUUAAUGAGGAGCUGGCGGCUAAGCCUGAACAUACAGGCUAAUGGAUGCAGCUCUCAAAUGGAUAGAGAGUUGGCUCUAAUUAGGCAUGAAAAGGUUAGGGGGGGAGGAACCCUCAGUGAUUAAUAGGAGCAGGGGACAAUAUGUACAUAUUUUAGGUGAGUUCCUCGCUUCAUAUCUCCGUUUUGGUUAUGCUGCUUUAAAAGGGCACCAUUUUCAGAAGAUGGCAGUUUGGACGUUUUCCGAAAAUUUGGCUCUAUUAAAAAAGGAGCUCAUCAACUUGUAGUUGCCUAAUCAUAUCUUCUUCUCAAAGCCA